CAACGUUGCUCAAUCUGAAAAUGUAUUAGAGUUCAAAACUGCUUUUAGUUUUGAUGAUUAUCAUUAUGCAUUUAAUACAGUUGAAAGAUUUGAUUCCGGUAUAACUUUUGUCGACUAUGCGAAGCCUUUGGUCGGACUUUUCGUAUUUUUAUUCUUUGGUACUGGUCAAGAUGCUUCAGCUGCCUAUAAAAGAUGGGCUAGAAUGAUCAAAUUGGAUAGAAUCUUUGUAUGUUUCAGAGAAAAUUAUGAUGAUUUGCGUAGUCAAUCACAAAAAUCUUCUCAAAACUCUACAUACCAAAGCAAUGGUCAAAUGUCUUCAGUUCCUGCCUCUCCAUUUAAAUCACCAAAACGUUUUCCUCACCAAUCGGAUUCUUUCGGUGACGAAAAAGAUGUUAUCCCAAAAAUCGAACUUACUACUUGCCCAAAACCGAAAAAAGGUUUUAGUAAUUUAUUAUUUCUCGGCGGUCAUCGUACACCUAGUGAACAAGCCAAAAUUGAUAUGACAAGUGGUAUUCACAUUAAGAUUGAUGGAUUAACUACAAAUAUCAUUCAAGAUGAUAAUGAUUGUUCAAUUGAAGAACCUACAACAGUUUAUCAAGCAAUAGAUGUGCUUCCAAGAGGAAUUGAUGAAACUCUUGAGGAAUAUGAUAAUAAGAGACUUGACGAGCAAAAUGAAACGUCAACAUUUGGCCCAAUUUCAAGGGCUGCUUCAAUGAAGUCAACUUCGAAUAUUUAUGAAUAUAAUAACUCUUUUAAGCCUAAAACUGUCCAGCACGUUAACAUACAACCAGAUUAUGUUGAUGCGGACAACUCUUCAAAUCAUUCUUUAACAAUAGUAAAUAUUGAAGAUGAUUAUGUAACCAAAGAAUCCAGUUAA